UCAGCUGGUUGGUCUGACGGGACGAAGAAAAGCUUGGCGGAACCUUCGUCGUUUGUUGCUUGCACCGUCCGGAAGAGUUGCAGUGAUGGAACUGGUGGAGACUCACGUGCAGCUGGCCGCAGAAGAUCCAGCAGAAGAUGCAGAUCCUCAGUCUGAGGACCAGAGCGACUCUGCAGGAGGGAGUCUGGAUGGAAGGUCAGACGAUGGAGACGAGAAGGAGGAGGAGGAGGAGACGGGAGGAGACGCUAACGCCAACGCUGGGUGGGCAGAAGUCAUGGCCAAGAUCCUGGGGAAGAAGACCUCUGAGAGCCAGAGCAGCAUCCUGGUGAAGAACAAAGAUCUGGACAAGCAGAAGGCCAAGGAGAGGCAGGAGCAGCUGGAGAGGACGAAGCAGGACGACAAGAAGCGAACGUGGGAGAUGAUGUUCAGGGAGAAACCGGAUGUGGUGAAGGACCGAGACGCUGAGAGAGCUCUGCAGAGGAUCGCUACCAGAGGGGUGGUGCAGCUGUUCAACGCCGUGAGGAAACAUCAGAAAACCGUGGACGACAAGGUGAAGGAGGCCGGAGGCUCCGAGAGGAAGAAGGCCAAAGUUCUGUCCUCUGUGUCCAAGAAGGAGUUCAUCGACGUGCUGAGGAGGUCUGAAGGAGGAGGCAGGAGCUCAGACAGAGCAGAAAACCAAGCUGCUGCUGCAGAGGAGAAGCCGGCCUGGAGCGUGCUCAGAGAGGACUUCAUGAUGGAGGCCACCAUGAAAGACUGGGACAAAGACAGCGACCAGGAGGAGGCUGGACCUCCUGCAGGAGCAGAGCAGGGCAGCGACUCAGACUGACCCACUGUGGACUUUAACACUGUUAUUGUUUUAAAGGUUUUCUGAAAUGCUAUGUUUAAAUAUGCAAAUUAGGUGUUGUAUGAUUUUAAAAAAAACACUGAUUUGCAUCGACUUUCUGAACAAGACGUGCUGCAGUUAAAGGUUUUAUCAAAGCAUCCAGUCAGCAAACUGUUCAUGUUUUUAUGAAUGUAAUGUUGAAUACAGACAGGAAUAAGAGUAGAACGUUUAGUGGGAGGAGAGCUGCUGAAGUGGAGAUCAGAGUUGGAGGAAAAAGUACGACACUUUUUAUUGGAAACCAGAAUUUACAGCUGAAACUUUAACCAUCAGAUAUCAUUAGUCAAUAAUUCACGGUUUAGUUUUCAUGUUUUCAGAUCAUUCCAUCAAAAUAUUUGAAUAUUUUCCAGUAAAUUGGAGCCCUGAUGACAGAAUAAAGUCGCUGAUGCAGAACGUCCGCCACAGUGGACGGUUAGUUUCACUCAGAGAAGAAGUUUUCUUUCACUGCAGUUAAUCAGAGAAUAUUUCUGUUUGUUUCUGUUGAGUCAAAGAUUUGAAAAGAUACAACACAGAUUUCCA